AGUGAAACUAGUCAGUCUGGGGAAGUAUAUUUGAAAGGUUUUCCUGGAUUAGGAGAAGAAAAGAAAUGGGGGAGGGGAGAUAAGGAGCUAUUCCAAGAGCUACAUAAAUAAUUUCCAGCUUUGAACGGGGCAGUUCUGAACUCCUUUCUCAGGUGCUGUUGCACUGAUGUUUCCUGGUGGGAAACUAGAAAAAACUUGUUCUUGGGCCCUUGGAUUUUGACUGGUGAAGAGGCCAGGUUGUUUGGAGAGGGGGGGCUCAUUUCAGUGGCUCUCUUUGAAAAAGCCCAGCAAGAUGUCAGGUCUGCUCUCAGUCUUCCUCCACCUCCUCCUUCUCUUCAAGUUGGCUGCCCUGGUGACCUUUCGCCACCACCACUAUGAUGACCUCAUGCGGAUGCUGUACAAGGUGCACAAUGAAUGCCCCUACAUCACUCGGAUUUACAGCAUUGGGCGCAGUGUGAAAGGGAGACACCUCUACGUGUUGGAAUUCAGCGACUACCCUGGAAUCCAUGAGCCCUUGGAACCAGAAGUUAAGUAUGUCGGGAACAUGCAUGGCAACGAGGUGCUGGGCCGCGAGUUGCUGCUGCAACUGUCAGAGUUCCUGUGCGAGGAGUUCCGGAACGGGAAUCAGCGGAUCACCCGGCUCAUCGAGGGCACGCGCAUUCACAUCCUGCCAUCCAUGAACCCGGAUGGCUACGAAGUGGCCGCUGUUCAGGGCCCAGAUAGUUCUGGGUAUUUGCUUGGCAGGAACAAUGCAAAUGGAGUGGAUCUGAACCGCAACUUCCCUGAUCUCAACACCUACUUCUACUACAAUGAGAAGAAUGGAGGCCCCAACCACCACCUGCCCCUUCCAGACAACUGGAAAAGUCAGGUGGAACCAGAGACCCGGGCUGUGAUCCAAUGGAUACGCUCCUUCAACUUUGUUCUUUCUGCCAAUCUCCACGGAGGGGCAGUGGUGGCCAAUUACCCUUAUGACAAGUCCCUUGAGCAUCGGGUCCGAGGUUUCCGCCGCACUGCCAAUACCCCCACGCCUGAUGACAAGCUUUUCCAGAAGCUAGCCAAGGUCUACUCCUACGCACAUGGAUGGAUGUACCAAGGUUGGAACUGUGGGGAUUACUUCCCAGAUGGCAUCACCAAUGGGGCUUCCUGGUAUUCGCUCAGCAAGGGCAUGCAAGACUUUAAUUAUCUCCACACCAACUGCUUUGAGAUCACGCUGGAAUUGAGUUGCAACAAGUUUCCCCGCCAAGAAGAGUUACAGCGCGAGUGGUUGGGUAAUCGAGAGGCCCUGAUCCAAUUCUUGGAACAGGUUCACCAGGGCAUCAAGGGAAUGGUGCUUGAUGAGAAUUAUAACAAUCUAGCAGGUGCUGUCAUUUCCAUCAGUGGGAUUAACCAUGAUGUCACUUCAGGUGAUCAUGGUGAUUACUUUCGGCUGCUGCUUCCGGGUACCUACACCGUCACUGCCUCAGCACCCGGGUUUGACCCAGAGACAGUGAGUGUGACCGUGGGUCCUGCAGAACCAAAACUGGUGGACUUUCAUCUCAAGAGAAGUGUUCCUCAAGCAACCCCUACGAGAAGAGUUCCCAACAAGGGGCACGGAGGCAGAGUCUUCCCAAAGAAAGUGCAGCCCCCGGCCACAAGAAAAACAAAAGUGGAGAAGAAGCAGCCCCAGUGA